AUGGCGACUGCAGCAACCGCCUCUUCUCUCUUGAACAACCAUUCAGAUGUACUAUCUGCCCUAUCUUCCGACUCCCCUGGAUCACAGUUAUCUCCACAAAGAGCACGAGUGGCCUGGUCUAUUCUAGAACAUCUUUUCCACCUCCGAUCUAACAGGCGUACUACUGGCCCAGGCAAUAUGGAGCUUCUCCAGGAUUUGUCCCUUGCUCUGCUCACUUCACGCUUCAUGUCUACACCCCCAUUAGGGCCGAUGUACAUUCUCGCGUCCGAGCCUCUCUCCAAGAAGAUCAUGAGCGCUCAGCAUCCGGCUUUUCAGUUUCCCGUAAUUCCAGCACCCAGGAAUGGCCAAAGUGGCUUGGGAAGACAGGAUACAUCACCUUCAGGAUCCUCGCCGGGAGUCGCGACCGACUCUUCCACAGGUCCAGGAGAGAGUUCACCUCAAGGGCAGGCAGAACGCAAUCUGAUUCCGGUGGUGCUCGUGGGACUUCGAUCUCUUCCACCAAACUCGCCUAAUUUCACUGUACCGGCUGGAAACACGUCAAGUGGUACCACUCCGACUACAGGAACAGGCCCAACCGCGACGUCACAAGGCCAGCCACAAAUGAUAUUUCCGGAACCUGCGAUGCGUCCGAAUUUUGACGAUGUGGACACCAUCACAUCUUCCUACGUAAUCAUUGUACUAGGUGGUCAUUAUCCUCCAGGACACCGCUAUGUGUCUGCCACCAACUCCGACGAGUCUGGCGAAUUCGAUCUCUUAUGGGACCUUGUGGACCUUGCCGCGGCGAAGUCGCCUACUGUCACUCAGGAAGAGUUGUCGCGCUCGAACCUACGCUGCUUCCUGCCUUCUCAGAUAGCAAGUAUGAAUGUGGCGGCAAACACAGCGGAAAAAUGUCUGAUUUGUCUCGAUGACUAUACGGAGGAUCGGCAACUCAGGCAAAUGUCAUGCAUGCAUGCAUUUCACAGGGACUGCAUCGACAGAUGGCUUACAGAGGGCCAAAAUGGAUGUCCAAUGUGUCGUCAGGUCGCCGUCCAGAGACCCGCCGAAGAGCAUAGCACAUAA